AUGCCGUUGUUUGUUCUCCUCUGCUAUCAGAACCUCCGCCACACCUACCCCGCCAAGGGCAGUGCCGCCCCAGUCCGGGCGGUGCGGGGCAUCUCCCUGGGCAUCCGGCGGGGCGAGUGCUUCGGGCUGCUGGGGCCCAACGGCGCAGGGAAGACCACGACGCUGUCCAUCCUCACGGGCGAGCUCUGGCCCCCGACUUCGGGCAAGGUCUUGGUGGGUGGCGAAGACGUCUCGGAGGCGGGCUUCCGAGUUCUCUACAGGCGGCUGGGGAAUUGCCCCCAGGUGGACCCUCUCUGGGAGGACCUAUCGGGCCGGCAGCACCUCUUCUUCCACGGCCGGGUGAAGGGUGUGCCGGAGGCCGCCUUGAAGACGGAGGUGGAGCACCUGUUGCGGUGCCUCGGACUCAGCGGUGCGGACGCGAACAAGAAGGCCAAGAAGUACAGCGGUGGCAUGCGGCGGAAGCUCUCCGUGGGCAUUGCGCUGGUGGGCCGUUCGGAGGUCCUCCUCCUGGACGAGCCGAGCGCCGCGGUGGACGCCGCCGCUAAGCGCUACCUAUGGCAGAUGAUCAAGAGCCGCGGGGCGCACCAGACGGCGCUGCUGACCACGCACUCCAUGGAAGAGGCCGAGGCACUGUGCGACCGGCUCACGAUCCAGGUGCUGGGGCGCCUGCGGUGCCUCGGCAGCCCGAUGCACAUACGGAACAAGUUCGGGCAGGGGUACCAGCUGGAGCUCUUCUUCAAGGCCGGGGUUAGCACGGAGGCGGCCACCAGGUUCAUGGACGAGAGGCUCUCUAAGAGGGCCGUGCUGGCGGAAGUGCACCCCGGCCGGUGCCUCUACCAGCUGCCGCCCGUGGACGGCGGGCCUGGGUACAUGGGUUUGGCGCAGGUGUUCACGGAGCUCAGCCAGGCGAGGCACACUCUGGGCGUCACGGAGUACAGCCUUUGGCGCCCCUCGCUGGAGCAGGUCUUCCUCCGCUUCGCCCGCGAGCAGCAGGCGGCCGACGAUGCCAGCGCGGAGCAGCCGGCGCCCGAGGCGCCCUGCAGCGGGGCGGCGGCCCCACCGCAGGAGGCCGCCGUGUGA